UCUCGCAUCGGCAUCCUCUUGCUAGCUUCACACGCGCAACGCCAGAUUUUUGUUUUUUCUUUACUUUUGGGGUGGUCUUUCUGUCUUGUCGGCGGCGGCGGCGGCGCGAUGGAGGCGGCGGCGGCGGCGAUGCUUGAGGCCGGGGUGGGGCGGUUCUCGCGGGCUCCGGCGCUGGCCGCGGCGCUGCUGGCCGAGAUGUGGGCGCCGCUGGCCGUCGCGCUGGCGGCGCUGGCAACGCUGCCCAGCCUGCUGCGCCGGCUGCAGGUCAUCGUGCUGCGCCUGCGGUCGCGCGGGAAGGAGGUCAUCCAGUCGCACAUCGGGACCUACUACUCGUCCUGCGACGAGGAUGACGACGAGGAGGAGGAAGAGGAGGAGAGCUCCGACGAGGCGGACACCACCAGCUCCUCGGGCGAGGAGGAGCAGGACUUGAAGCGGAUCGGGUUCUACGAGGGCGCGGCGGUCGACAGCGGGUUCCCCUGGGGCGGCGCCGUGGUCCGGACCUGGCAGGGCCUGCCGCGCGCCUUCUCCUGCGCCGGCGGAGGGAGCGCGAGGCCGGGCCCCUUGGGCGGCGUCCCCGCGGUGAGGCUGUGGGGAGCCAUGACGGCCAGCGGCGGCGAGCCGUGGUGGGCCUGCGCCGAUGAAGGCGGCUGCCGCGACGGCGCGGCCGCGGAGGCGUCCUCAGCUUCGUCAGACCAGGUGGUGGUCGGGUGGCGGCGCGAGCACGCGGCGUCCCGGCGCCGGCGGCGCGCCCCUCUUCCCCACGUCCGCACCAACUGAGACGGGACGAGGUCACGGGGAGGAGGCGGGGUGGCAGGGUGUGAAUAUGCCACAGCGCGAGCAGCUGGAGAUGCCGAUUCCCCCCGGCGUGGCCCACCUGCCAGCAAUAAGGGUGAUUGGUAUUGUGGGGGGGGCAGUGGUUAGGCGCCGCGCCGGAUUGGUUGGUGAGAUGAUUUAAUAAUCUUAAAGAAUUGCUUGUCGAUUGGGGAGGGUAGGAAAGAAAAUGGAAAAAAAAGGGACAUUGGGAGUACGCAGUUGGUGCGGGGCGCCAUGCGUGCUGAUGUUGUUGUACUGGGGACGGUAGAUUAGGAAAAAAAAAUUGCAUUGCAUGCUGCAGCUGCUCGUCUUCUGCUGCAGCUUGCCGUUGCGUGCGUGUAACCUUCCGUACCACCGCCAUUCUUUGAUUCAUGUGGUGCUGUGAUAAAUAAGAAAAAGAAAAAGAAAAUGGUGAAAA